CGCGACGGACGUGAACAGUUUCAAUCUGGACCGGACUAUCACGAUCCGCGGCACCGCCGACGGUAUCGCCGAAGCCGAGCGCCUUGUGAUGACUCGCCUUCGCCAGAGCUACGAGCACGACCUGCAGACUGCGGCUCCCCAGAUGGGCAUGUACCCCGACAUGGGCGCGCGCAUGAUGCCCGGCUACGGCCGCGGAGAGGCCGGUCUGUACGGCGCCGGGCCGGCCGGCUACGGCGGGCUGCUGGCCGCCGCGCCAGGCAUGCACGGUAUGCACGGCCAGCCGGAGAGCGUGUUCGUGUACGUGCCGGCCGCGUCUGUGGGCGCCAUCAUCGGCCGCAAGGGCAGCCACAUCCGUAGCAUGAUCCGCUUCUCGGGAGCCACCGUCAAAAUCGGCCAGCAGGAGGAGGCUCCGCUGAGUGGUGGCCGGCAGAGUGCCGCGCCGCCGACCGGUGAGGCUGCUGCCGCGCAGGGCGGGGACGGAGACGGUGCCUCGCCACCAGAGGACGCCAGCGAGCAGGCCCAGACAACAGAAACUGGGGAGUCUGAGGGGCAGCAGGCGGAGCCGCCGGCGGCAGUGGAGGCGGACGAGCCGGUCCGUCAGGAGGGAGAUGGCCAGGCGGCGGAGGGCGCGACCUCAGACGAGCUGCUGGAGCUGAAGCAGAAGGUGGAGGGCCUGCAGCUAAGGGCGUCAGCUGCGCAGAUGGACCGGCCGCCCGAGAGGAAAGUGGCCAUCUAUGGCACACCAGAGGCCCAGUGGAAGGCUCAGUACAUGAUAUUCGACAAGCUGCGAGAGGAGGGCUACGGUACCGGGCUGGACGACGUCCGUCUCUCAGUCGAGAUCUCUGUGCCGAGCUCACAGGUCGGCCGCAUCAUCGGCAAGAAGGGCCAGAACGUGCGCGAGCUGCAGCGCACCACCGGCACCGUCAUCAAGCUGCCGCAGCCGGCCGAGCACGGCGAGCCCAACGCAGAGACGGCCGUGCAUAUCAUGGGCCCGUUCAUCUCCGUUCAGUCUGCGCAGCGGCGUAUCCGCGCACUGGUGGCGCAGGGCGCGCCCGUGCCGCGUCUGCAGCCGGUCUCGCAGCCGCCGCCGCCGGCCGCCGCCUCCGACGAGACCCCGCUGGUGUGAGCGGCCGCCCGGCGGCGCAGCAGCGACCUCCGGCGGUGGCGCGCGACAUUCUCAGGGUGCUGAUUGUCCUUAGAAGGAGCUGAGCUGGAGCUGAGCUGUGCGGGACGGAGCCGGAGCUGGCGGAUGUGCGGGCAGGCCGGGCGCCGGGGCGGCGGUCGGUGGCACUCGGUGCGGGCCGGCCGCCGACCCCGGCCGUACCCGGCGCCCGCAGCGUGGAGUGCCGGGAGACGGGGACUGGAGGGCCGCUGUUUGAGCAGAGUGCGUGAGUGGCACAGGGUGAGUGAGUGUGUGUGACGGGAGGGAGGCGCGACUACCGGGGAAAUAUGCAUAUGAUGAGCUGGUAUGCAAGGGGAGAACGUGACACUAGAUCAAGAACGACUAUGGAGAGACGUAUGACAGUCGAGCGAGCAACGCGCGAAACUGAGGGAAGGACGGCCCGCGGCUCGCGCCAACGGCCCGUCUCGCCCUAGAGUGCAUAGCUUAUUUUUGUAUGUGCUGUCGAAGGCGCCCUUCAGUUUUGCACGAGCGUUGGGUGGAGCGCGACGACGGCCAUUUGUGUGACGACGGCUGGCCGUCGGGGCUUUUUUGGCCCAGCCGCCGCUGCGGCGGUCACUUGUUAUCGGUGAACGAGCCAGGGACGAGUGCCUGGCUGCUGGUGCUGAGUAGAAGUGGACCUGCGAGCCCGGCGCGGCCGGCAGUUGUUGAAGGCCGGGUGCGAUCUCAGAGCGGCGCUCGCGCCGGGCCAGAGGCCGGCAGUUGUCGGCGUGCCGAGCCGCCCACCGACCCGCGGCCCGCAGCGGCCCGGGUCUCCCGGAGCAGCAGAACAGGACCCACCCACAGACCCGAACACACCCGGACAGACCCGACAGGAGACCAGGAAAAACGACCUCGAACGAGCCGGCGGCAGCGCCGGCUGGCGGACCUCAAAGCCGGACGGCGGACCCGCACGGGCCGCCCCAAACCGGACAAACCUCACUGGAUUGUAUUGUAGCUCGUCUGUACAAACAUGUAUCUGUUAGUAGCUGAUUUGUGCGUGGCGGCGGCGCCGGGCGGGAUGACGGCCGCGACGGGCUGCGACUCGGCUCCCGGCCGCGAAUACCGGUGUGCGAUCUUCGCCUGGUCCGCGCCGGUGUGUCGGAGUCGACAGCAGCCUGACGCCGCUCUCCGGCCAGUGCGUAUCAUAGAGUACAAACUUUGGGCGGACGGCCGUCGCGACCGCGGCCGGUGGCGACCUGACCUCGAGAGCGGGUCAGGAAAAACGGCCCUAGAACGGACCUGCGAGCCAGCUAACAGUUUACAUCCUUCUGUCGCACAAUCUCACUUUGUGAGCUGAUUGAAAAUCUGGGCUACCUGAAGCUACUGGAAACCUUUCAUCGUUUUUAUCUCUCUAACUCCCUGUCGUUCCCCGGUGCUCGCUUUCACCAAAUCGGCUCGCCUGGUCCGUUCUCACCGUGCCGUUCUGUCAGCGCCGCUGGCCGGCGCGGUCGCGCUGGCCGCCCGCCGGCCGUCAGCCGCUCCCGCCCCGCCGGACCCCGACAAACCGUUCGUCUGGUACCUCAUUGCUACCUCAUCUGUGGCUCGGCGCGGCGGCGGCCCGACACCCGGCCGCCGCCGGCGCCCGGCGCGCGCGGCCCGUCGGAUGUUUUGUGUUGCUCAGAGGGGCGAGGUCGGUCACCACCGCCGCCGCCCUCUAUAGCUGGACAAAUACAGAAUUAUACCAGA